AUGACAUGCGACACUGAUGAAAACAAUCAUGUCUAUAAAAUCAAUAUACAACGUUUAGAGCAUGAUACGGAUAACAAGUAUAAAGAGUUCUUUGAAAAAGGACUCAAUGCACUUUUGGACGAUGAACAUUUUCUGUUACUUUAUGUGCCUGAUAACGGAGACAAGAUGCAAAUUGUACGACCUGCCAGCAAUCUAUUCCAUCGACGACGCAUGAUCAAAAGGAUCAAUGAAGCCAAACGCAUCCCAUCUUUUUAUUACGCAUUGUCACACCUUUGGGGCCUCACAGAGAACGACCGAUAUCACUGGAAUGAUAUUCAUGAAUACGUGAAUGACGAACAAGGACAACCAGUAAAGCCUGUAUCAAUGCGACCUGAGAAACGAGAUACACUACUUGCAAUGCUCAAGGAUCAUCCUGACAGCUAUUGGUGGAUUGAUGUCUUGUGUGCACGUACCGAUACACCAUUGGAUAUUAUGGGUGACAUUUACUCUUGUUGUCUUGAGUGUAUUGCCAUGAUCGAUUGUGAGCCAAAUGUGAUAUCAGAAAUUCGCACAAUAUCGGGUACAGCAGAGGAGGCACUCGAGGAAUUGUAUAAUUCCAGAGAAGGAGGGUACCUAAAAUACAAGGAUGUAAAGCAAACUCAAGCUCCGCAACUGUUUGGAUACUUGUACAUAUUCAUGCAAAGUCAAUGGUGGAAACGAGUAUGGACCUGGCAGGAGAUGGCUCUACCUGUGGGAGACGUAAAGUUUGUGGCGGAAACAGGGACUCACCAAUCCCAAAGCAACACUCUUACUCUUAAUCAAUUACUUGGGUUUCCAUAUGUAAGAAUGGCGUACCUUCUGAGGGAAGAAGUUCCACUCACUCCGGUGCAUGAGAGUGAGAUGAAGCUUAUGAGAGAGGUCGUAUCCGCGGUUGAGGAAUAUCUAAGUGGCAUAGAAGACGCCAGGAGAGCCUGCAAAGGUCGUUUCAGGUCGAAAUGGGGGAGUUUUUGCCACCUAAUUAGUUCAUUGAGUGAUUCCACACGACGAUGUUAUGAUCCAUGCGAUUAUGUUUAUGGUGUGCUGGGUAUGUUGCAGAUCAAAAUCCCAAGGAUGGAGGAUCCCAAUGAAGUCUGGCGAUGCUUAUUGAAUGAGCUCGAUCGUCAUCCCGUGGAUAUCACGUUUGCACCCGAUAAAUGCAUUGAUCGUGCAGAUGAAAUCGAUUUACUCAAAGUUAGAGCUAUUGGAGAAGUGUACAGGAAAUUGAAUGAUAUCUAUUAUGGUGCUAAAUAA